AUGACAGAUAUGCUUACAAGAUAUGCACUUCACAGCUUUGCAUUCUAUGGAAGUUUAUCAAAUGCAACUGCAGCUUCACAUCCCACUGCACAUAAUACAACUGCAUCAGCUACUGCUACUGCACAUAAAAUUGCAACUGCCAUUGCAAGUAUAUUUGCAAUUGCACAUAAUAAUGAACAUGCUACUAAAACAGUCUUUGCACAUACAACUGCAACUGCAACUAAAACAGCAAAUGCAACUGCAAAUGCACAUAAAACUACCACGGCAAAUGCAACUCCAUCAGCAAGUGCCACUGCACAUGCAACUGCAACUGCAAAUGCGCAUGCAAAUUCCACUGCAACAGCAAAUCACAUGCAACAGCAUCUGCAACUGCAAACUGUAACUAAACAUGCAACUGCAAAUGCACAUAAAACUGCAACUGCGAAUAGAACCGCAUCUUCACAUGCCACUGCACAUGAUACAGUAACUGCAUCUGCCCAUGCUUCUGCACAUGAUACUGCAUUUGCACAUGCAACUGUGACUGCAAAUGUAACAGCAUAUGCAACUGCAAAUGCUACUGCAACUGCAACUGCCACAGAACAUGCCACUGGAAAUGAUAAUGUGACUGCAUCUGCUCAUGAGACCUCACAUGGUACUGCAACUGUACAUGCAUCUGCAAUUGCGACUGCAACUGCACCAACAAUAACUGCUACUGCACAUUCAACUGCUACUGCACAUUCAACUGCUACUGCAACAGAGACGGCUACUGAACAUUCGAUAACAACUGCUCAUGCAUCUGAAACUUUAAAUGCAACUUUAAUUGCAUAUGCUGCUGCACAUGAAAUUGCCACUGCAUCUGCAUAUUUACCUGCAAUUGCACAUAAAUCUGAACAUUCUAUUACAAAAGUUACUGCAUAUGCAACUUUACCUGCAACUGCAACAGCACAUGCCACUGCAAAUGAUACUGUAACUGCAUCUGCUUAUGCGACCUUACAUGGUACUGUCAUUGUACAUGAAACUGUAAUUGCGACUGCAACUGUACAUGCAACAACACCUUCAAUUGCAAAAGCACAUGCAACUGCAACUGCAACUGCAACAGCAACUCAUGAUACAGCAACUACAUCGGUACAUGCUUCUGCACAUGAUACUGCAAGUUCACAUGCUACUGCAACUUCACAUUAUACUACAACUGUAAAUAAUACUGCUUUUUCACAUGCAACUGCACAUGAUACUGCACCUGCAACUACACAUGCAACUACUAAUGCAACAAAAACAACUGCUCAUGAACCUGCAGCUUUAAAUGCAACUGCAACUGCAUAUGCUACUGGAACUGCAAAUUCUACUGCAACAGCACAUGCAACUUCAUUUGCAACUGCAAAUUCAUAUGAUUCUGCAACUGCAUCUGCACAUGCUUCAAAACAUGAUACCAAAUCUGCUCAUGCUACUGCAACUGCAAAUAAGACAGCAUCUUCACAUGCCACUGCACAUGAAACUUCAACUGCAACUGCAAAUGUAACUAUUAAUGCAACAGUAAAUGCAAAUACACAUUCUACUGCAACUGAUAAAACAACUGCAACUGUACAUUUAAUUACAACUGCUCAUGAUGCAGAUGCAACUGCAACUGCCAAUGCAUAUGCAGCUGCCAAUGCAACAGCAACUGCAACAGCAACUGCUACUACACAUUUAACUGCUACUGCACAUUCGAUAACAACUGCUCAUGCAUCUGCCACUUUAGAUGCAACUGCAACUACACAUUCUACUGCAACUGCACAUGAUACUGCAUCUGCACAUGCUACUGCAAUUGCUGCUGAGACGGCCUAUGCAACUAUAAUAGCUGCAACAGCUCGUUCAAGUGCAACUGCAAAAGCAUAUACACAUGCUAAUAAAACAGCAACUGCAACUGCACAUUUAACUGCUACUGCAACAGCAACAAACGCAAUUACAACUACAACUGCAAAAGCACAUUCUCAUGCUACUGCAACAGCAACUGCAACUGCACAUUUAUCUGCUACUGCAACAGUAACGGCAACAGCACAUUCAACUACGACUGGAAAUGCAACUGCACAUACUACUGCUACUGCACAUGCAUCUGCUACUGCACUUGCAACGUCACCGGCACAACAAACUGCAACCAGACAUACAACUGCAUCUGCAGAUGCUACAGAAACUGCAACUCUAACUGCCCAUACCAGCAGUUUUGCACUAGAAGCUACGCAGUAUCCUACAGCGCAUACCGGAAGUUGCGCACUAGAAGCUACACAACACAAGGCAAGUUUGUAG